AUGGAGAGCUAUGGCUGCCUCCGGAAUAUAGUGACUUAUACUACUCUCAUACAUGGAGUUUGCAAGUCCAAGAGGGUAGAUGACGGUGUGAGACUCUUUAACGAGAUGUCUCGGAAAGGAUUAGCUGCCAACACAAUCACUUACACGGUCUUUAUCCAUGGUUAUUGCUUAGUAGGCAAACCCAAUGGUGCACAAGAGGUGUUCAACCAGAUGGGUUCUCACAAUGCGCCUCCUGAUAUCAGGACCUACCACGUGCUGCUAGAUGGUCUGUGUUAUAACGGGAAGGUAGAGAAGGCAUUGAUGAUAUUUGAGUACAUGCGGAAGAGAGAAAAGGAUGUUAGUAUUGUUACGUAUACAAUUGUUAUUCGAGGGAUGUGCAAGGUUGGUAAGGUGGAAGAUGCUUUUGAUUUAUUUUGUAGCCUUUUCUUCAAGGGAAUGAAGCCUAAUGUUGUAACAUACACUACAAUGAUAUCGGGAUUUUGUAGGCCAGGCCUAAUUCAUGAUGCUGAUGCGUUGUUUAGGAAAAUGAAAGAAAUGGGUUUUUAA